GUCAGUGCAGGCAGAGCAGGACACUCUGUGGGGGAACUUUGUUACUAUGAAACUUAGAAAUAUUUACUAUAUAGUGUUAAACUUAUCAAUACCCCUCGCAAAUCAAUAACCUGCCCCCGGGGUUGGAGUUUUUUAGUUUAGUUUGCCUGGAAAGGGCCUCUAAACUCACUAUUCUUACACUUUUUUGAAAGAAUGUGUGAGACAGACAGUUAGCCAGCUAGCCGCUAGCUAGCUAGUUGAGAGGUGAUACAGGCGGUAGGGAGAACAAAAGAUUUUUUGCGUUUUGGCCGGUUGUACUGACACCAAGUCCAUGCAGAACGUGUCAUACCAUCACAAUGCCCGUUUUACUUUUUCUGAUAGACACGUCCGCUUCAAUGAACCAGCGCACCCAUCUGGGCACUACCUAUCUGGACAUAGCAAAAGGCGCUGUUGAGACUUUUAUGAAGCUCAGAGGCAGAGAUCCGGCGAGCCGCGGGGACCGGUAUAUGUUGGUAAAUUUUGAAGAGGUUCCGUUCGGGAUUAAGGCCGGUUGGAAGGAGAGUCACGCAACUUUUAUGACAGAAUUGAGGAAUCUUCAGGCAAAUGGACUCACUACUAUUGGCCAUUCACUGAGGACGUCUUUUGAUUUACUCAAUCUCAAUAGAUUAGUGACUGGAAUAGACAACUAUGGACAGGGAAGAAAUCCAUUUUUCCUUGAACCUGCCAUCAUCAUCGCCAUCACCGACGGCAACAAGCUGACAAGCACCGGAGGAGUCCAAGAUGAGCUGCACUUGCCCCUGACCACUCCUCUGCCUGGGUCGGAGCUGACCAAAGAACCUUUCCGAUGGGACCAGCGUCUGUUCGCUCUGGUGCUCAGAAUCCCCGGGGUGUCGUCUGUGGAGCCGGAGCCUUUGGGUGGAGUUCCCUCUGACGAUUCACCCAUCACCCCCAUGUGUGAGGUCACAGGAGGCCGUUCAUACAGUGUGUUCUCCCAGCGCAUGUUGAACCAAUGUCUUGAGUCUUUGGUCCAGAAAAUCCAGAGUGGAGUUGUCAUAAACUUUGAGAAAACUGGACCAGAUCCUCCUCCGCUUGAGGAUGCUCCUGUAGAGCCAGUGAAGCCCGGCCCUCAGCCCUGGCACUGCUGCCACAAACUCAUCUACGUUCGACCAAACCCCAAAACUGGAGUCCCCAUUGGACACUGGCCCAUCCCUGAAGCCUUCUGGCCCGAUCAGAACUCCCCCACUCUGCCCCCUCGCUCGGCCCACCCUCAUGUCCGGUUCUCAUGUCUGGACGCUGAGCCAAUGGUCAUCGACAAAGUACCGUUUGACAAAUAUGAACUUGAACCUUCGCCGCUCACACAGUUUAUACUGGAGAGGAAGUCCCCACACACCUGCUGGCAGGUGUUUGUGUGUAAUAGUGCCAAAUAUAGUGACUUGGGCCAACCCUUCGGAUACCUGAAGGCCAGCACCGCUCUUAACUGUGUCAACCUGUUUGUAAUGCCCUACAACUACCCUGUGCUGCUGCCACUACUCGAUGACUUGAUAAAAGUGCACAAGUUCAAGCCAACUUUAAAAUGGCGACAGUCCUUUGAAAAUUACUUGAAGACGAUGCCUCCGUAUUAUAUUGGGUCAUUGAAAAAAGCGCUAAGAAUCAUGGGAGCUCCAAACCUGUUAGCAGACAACAUGGAGUACGGCCUGAGCUACAGUGUAGUUUCUUACCUGAAAAAACUCAGCCAACAGACAAAGAUUGAGUACGACCGGUUGAUUGCGUCCAUUGGUAAGAAGCCCCCUAUGGAGGCGGGCAUUAAGGUGCGGUGGAGGGGAGGGGGCGUGUCUUUGGCCCAGAGGCGGGACUUCAUUCAGCAGCUGCACAGUCUGACCGGAGACGCCCCUCUGCCCAUGGAGCUCAACCCCAAAGAGUACCAGGGUUUCCAACUCGCUUUGCUCAAUAAGGGUUUGAAACCGCAGAGUUUCAGAAACCCAUACGACAUCCCCCGCUCUCACCUCCUGGACCAGCUGAGCCGGAUGAGGAGGAACAUCCUGAAGACCAAUAUCUGUGCUCUGAGAGGACACGACUCUGACCAGCUCCACAGUGUUCCGAUCGCUCAGAUGGGGAAUUACCAGGAUUUCCUAAAAGCCGCUCCUCAGCCGCUCCGAGAUGCCGACCCUGAGCAGCCAAAACGCCUGCACACGUUUGGAAACCCAUUCAAACUUGACAAGAAGGGCAUGAUGAUUGAUGAGGCGGACGAGUUCGUGACCGGUCCUCAGAAGCAGGGUAAACGCCCGGGUGACAGCAGUAACCUUCAGGGCGGGGGUCCCAAACGCAGACGCUGCAUGUCCCCUCUGCUCCGACUGGGACGAGCCUACACCCCCCCAGUCACUCCCCCCGCAAGCCCACGCCACAACACAGAUUCGGAGAUGAGCGACGGCCUUCCUGAACCGGACAUUAUCAUAAACCAUUUGAAUGAGAAUCACUGCAGCUUGGACCAAAACCCAGACUCAGAAACAGACUCAAUAUGUGAAGAAAACCACAUAGAUCCUCCUCACCCCACCAGGCACAGGGGGGAGGAGGAGAACGGCCAGCCCCAGAGCGGAGAGCUUUUAUCAGGCAGCGAAGAAGGAGCAGAGGUGGUCCAACUGGAGGAUCAGCCGUCACGAUACCUCUCUCCACAAUCUCUGAAAAAACACAUCCAUAGCGAAACUGCAAAGGUCAACAACGAACUUAGAGCUCUCAUAACCAAGGAGAUCAGGAAACCAGGAAGACACUACGACAAAAUUUUCCACUUCCUCAAACAGAUCCAGGGAACUCUGGACACUCGGCUAAUAUUCUUACAAAACAUCAUCAAAGAAGCUGCCAGGUUUAAGAAGAGAGUUUUAAUCGAGCAGCUUGAAAACUUCUUGGAGGAAAUUCAUAACAGAUCCAACAACAUGAACCACGUGGACUCGCUCUGAAAUCGGCUCUGCCCAAAACCCUGGACUUUUGAGACUCCACAGAGACCAGACCAGGUCCAGACCACGGACCAGACUAUCACCUAUUUAAUGUUAUCAGCAAUAUUGUGUUUAGACCAGUGAUUCGUAAACUUUUCACAUUAGGUACCACCUCAAAAAUCUGUUGGCCUUGUUGGACUAAAAUGAAAAAUUUACUCAACCGAAACUAAACCGGAACCAUUUGAUAAAUGUCUUCCUAUUGUGGACCCAAAGUUGAAACCAAUAGUAAAUGGGAAACAUGCGUAUUAAACCACGGCCCCAGGAAGGCACAGAUUUAAACCAGGACUAAAUUAAGAUUAUAUUAGAUUUCAAUCUCAUACAUGAUGAAUUCUUGCAAAUGUUAUUGCUAAAACUAGUUUAAACCAAGCCUAAACUAAGACUUAAAAAGAGUGAACAACAAAAGGAUAACCCGGCUCAAAACCCGGGUCUUCUUGGUCUUGGCACCACAG